AUGGCGACCGCAAUGGCUCAGGCAGCCGCUGGCAACACCACCUUCAAGGACAAGGAGAAGCCCAUGGCGGUGCGGCAAUCCAACAUUCUCGCAGCUCGGGCCGUCGCUGAUGCCAUCCGGACGUCUUUGGGGCCCAGGGGUAUGGACAAGAUGAUCCAAACUCCCAAGGGAAACACCAUUAUCACCAACGAUGGAAACACCAUGCUGCGGGAUAUGAGCGUUAUGCACCCGGCUGCUCGCAUGCUGGUCGAUCUCAGUGCCGCACAGGAUGUCGAGGCUGGUGAUGGAACAACAUCGGUCGUCGUCAUUGCUGGCAGUCUGCUCGGUGCUGCCGAACGGUUGCUCUCCAAGGGUCUUCACCCCACCGUCAUCUCCGAGUCCUUCCAGCGCGCUGCCACUGCCGCCGUCGAGAUCCUCCACAACAUGUCUCGCCCUAUCAACCUCACCGACCGUGCUACCCUCCUGCAAGCAGCCUCGACCUCCCUCUCUUCGAAGAUUGUCUCCCAGCACUCCGGUCUGUUGGGUCCCAUGGCCGUCGACUCCGUGUUGAAGAUUGUUGACACCAAGACUGCCGAGAAUGUUGACCUGCGCAACAUUCGGAUUGUGAAGAAGGUUGGCGGUACUAUCGAGGACAGCGAGAUGGUGGAUGGUUUGGUGUUGAACCAGCCUGUGAUCAAGAGCAGCGGUGGGCCUACAAGAAUUGAGAAGGCCCGGAUAGGACUUAUUCAGUUCCAGCUGAGCCCGCCCAAGCCUGACAUGGAGAACCAGAUCGUCGUGAACGACUACCGCCAGAUGGACAAGAUCCUGAAGGAGGAGCGCCAGUACUUGCUGAACAUGGUCAAGAAGAUCCAAAAGACCAAGUGUAACGUGCUGCUGAUCCAGAAGUCUAUUCUCCGUGACGCCGUCAACGACCUUUCCCUGCACUUCCUUUCCCGCCUGAAGAUUCUGGCCAUCAAGGAUAUCGAGCGUGAUGAGGUUGAAUUCCUGUGCAAGAGUCUUGGCUGCAAGCCCGUUGCCAACGUCGACUCUUUCACUGAGGACAAGCUUGGUACCGCCGACCUCGUCGAGGAGGUACAAGCCUCCGGCGCCCGCUACGUCAAGGUCACCGGAAUUAAGCAGCAGCCCACCACUGUCAACACUCAGACUGUUUCAAUUGUGGCUCGUGGUGCCAACAGCCUCAUUCUGGAUGAGGCUGAGCGUUCGCUUCACGAUGCUCUCUGCGUCAUUCGCUGUCUCGUUAAGAAGCGUGCUCUGAUUGCCGGUGGAGGUGCCCCCGAAGUUGAGGUCGCGCACGCACUCGCAAUGCGGGCCCGUGAGCUGACCGGCACCGAGUCUAUCUGCUGGAAAGCAUUCGCCGACGCCAUGGAGGUUAUUCCAACCACUCUCGCUGAGAACGCCGGUCUCAACUCCAUCAAGGUGGUUACCGAGCUGCGCCACCGUCACGCACAGGGCCAGCACAAUGCUGGUGUCAGCAUCCGCAGCGGCGGUGUUAAGGACGAUAUUACCGAGGAGAACAUCCUGCAGCCUCUGCUCGUCAGCACCAGCGCUAUUGAGCUGGCUGCUGAGACGGUGAAGAUGAUCAUGAGAAUUGACGACAUUGCUCUGUCGCGGUAA